UUAACAUAUUUCUAUUUCAGAAUAUUCUUCCAUCGAUCAAACAUCUGAAAUUCAAUUCAAAUUUAUUUCAGAAGAUGGAAACAAAAAAAGAACAUGAUGCUAACUUACAAGGAUCAUGAAGGACAUAUAUCUCUCAGCUCUAAUUAAGAAAUGCAUGGAAAAAGCGAUAAUAAUUUUAUCUUGCUAUUUCUUGUAAUUACAUUGCACAUGGCAACAGGACAAGGAUUUUGGGCAGAAUGGACAGAGUGGUCAACCUGUAGCGUUUCCUGCGGACCUGGAGGUUCUGAGAAUCGUUAUCGUGUGUGUGAUGGAACGGAUUGUAUGGGCAGUGGUUUUGAAGGCAGAUUUUGUCCCAUUAUUCCUUGUCCAGUAAAUGGGUACUGGUUAAGCUGGAACACUUGGAGUGACUGUACGUUGACUUGUGGUUCCGGGGAGAGGGGCAGACAGAGGGAAUGUGUUGAGCCACAGUACGAUGGUUUACCAUGUUCAGGACCAAGCAACGAAACAGAGAUAUGUAAUUCUCAAUAUUGCCCAGUGAACGGUACUUGGACACCAUGGUCGGAGUGGACUUCAUGUCCAGUGUCCUGUGCAGGUGGAACAGAGGGGAGGAACCGUACAUGCGAUGGUCCAUAUUAUGGUGGUGACCCAUGUAUUGGCGAAGAUGCUGAAAACAGGCAAUGUAACACUCAUCCAUGCCCAAUUGAUGGUGCCUUCUCUAAUUGGACAGAAUGGACUGUAUGUAGUGCCACAUGCAAUUAUGGUUUACAGGUCCGGAAGCGUUGGUGCAAUAAUCCGCAGCCAAUGUAUGGUGGGAAAGACUGUGGAGGAGAAAAAGUACAAAAUAGAGAAUGCUAUCUCUUGAUCUGUCCACGGCAUGGAGGCUGGUCAUUGUGGACAGAGUGGUCAGUUUGUACAGCAACGUGUGGAUGGGGUGCAAGAAAACGUUACAGAUCAUGUGACAAUCCUGUUCCGAUGUAUGGUGGCGCUUUUUGUGUAGGAACUGGUAUUGCAGCUGAAAGCUGUAUUAAGGAAUUGUGCCCCGUGCAUGCCAGCUGGGGCUUGUGGGGCAGUUGGAGUAACUGUAGUCAAAGUUGCGGAGCAGGGGGAACAUAUGAAAGAGAACGGAUAUGUGACAGUCCCCCAGCCUUGUAUGGUGGAGAGCAUUGCUUUGGAAGUAAUGUAUCUGUUGGUGAAUGCUAUGUUAAGAGAUGUGAAGUUGAUGGUGGUUACACUGAGUGGAGUGAAUGGGGAGAUUGCAGCAAGGAAUGUGAAUCAGGCAUACAACAAAGAAACCGCAAUUGCACCAACCCACCACCCACUCCCCCAGAUGGUCAGUGGUGUCAUGGAGUUGCAAAUCAAACGAGGGUGUGCAACACUCAUAUUUGCCCAGUUCAUGGAGGCUGGGCAGAAUGGACGCCUUGGACAGAAUGUGCAGUCACUUGUGGAGGAGAUACAAUCACUAGGAACAGGCUUUGUACCAACCCUCCACCCAUAUUUGAAGGCAACGACUGUGAAGGGGAACCGUCUGAAGAAAUUGAUUGCAACACAAAUGGAUGUCCAGUGGAUGGAGCCUGGACUACAUGGUCAGAAUGGUCAAGCUGCAGUGUCACCUGCGCAGGUGGGACGAGGAGUCGUACAAGGACCUGUACAAAUCCAGAGACAGCCUGGGGUGGAAUACCCUGCCCCUCACAUGAUGAGACUGAACAAUCUGAGACCUGCAACUCAUUCCACUGUCCAAUUGAUGGUGAAUGGUCAGAAUGGUCGGCGUGGGCAACUUGUCCAGUGACUUGUGGUGGCUUCGAGUUGACGAGGAACCACACAUGUGACAAUCCUAUCCCCCAGUAUGAUGGUAAACCAUGCCCAGGUUCCAGCAUCGACAAACUCACCUGUAACAAUGAACCAUGUCCAGUGGAUGGUGAAUGGUCUAUGUGGAGCGUUUGGUCAGACUGCAGCGUAGAAUGUGAAGGUGGCACACAGACUAGGUCCAGGACCUGCUCAGACCCUGCCCCAGCUUAUGGUGGAUUCCCCUGCCCCAGCAAUGUCACAGAAUCUGAAGAAGCAUCGCUUGAAGAUCUGGAACAAAUCGAGACUGAAGAAAUAACUUGUAAUGAACACCGCUGUCCAAUCCAUGGUGGUUAUACCGAUUGGACAAUGUGGCCCGAGUGCCCAAUAUCUUGUGGCGGUGCUGUAAUAUGGCAUCAUCGGAAUUGUACCAACCCUGAGCCACGCUAUAAUGGAGACGACUGCAAAGGACCAAGUUCAGAGAGCAAGCUUUGCAAUGAUGAUGUGCAAUGCCCUAUUGAUGGUAACUGGGGUCGUUGGCUUGACUGGUCGCAGUGUUCCAAACCAUGUGAGGGCGGUGAGUCUAAACGUAUACGUCUUUGCAAUAAUCCAUCACCAUUGUAUGGGGGAAAGCGAUGUAAUGGUACCUCACAGGAAACAAAGACUUGUAAUGAGCACAGAUGUCCAGUUCAUGGUGGUUAUUCAAGGUGGACACCAUGGGAACCAUGUUCAAAAUCCUGUGGAGGUGGACAAACGCUUCGUACACGAACUUGCACAAAUCCGGUUCCACAAUUUGGCGGUAAUCCAUGCUAUGGAAUUCUUUUUGAGAGAAAACUCUGUGCCGCUUUCUACUGUCCAGUGCAUGGUGGUUAUUCAGAGUGGAGCGAGUGGUCCACUUGCCCAGUAGUCUGCGGUGGUGGUCCAUCUCAUCGAAGCAGGAUCUGUAAUAAUCCAUCGCCAAAGCAUGGUGGUAGGCCAUGUGAAGGACCAACAACAGAUUCGACAGUGUGCAAUGACAUGGAGUGCCCAGUUGACGGUAGCUGGACAGAGUGGUCUGAAUGGUCAGCCUGUAGUCAGACGUGUGAGCUUGGCUACCGUAGCUCUAGCAGGGAAUGUACUAACCCCGAACCUCAAUACGGUGGUCUAGACUGCCAAGGGGAGGCUUAUAGGAUGUACUACUGUCCUAUACGUACGGACACCUGCCCAGGUAAGUGAUUAUGAAGCAAAAGAAAGCAGGCUGUUUGUAUUUUAAAUGCAGUAACAAUAUACCCUAAUAAAUUCUAUAAAUGUGGCA